AAAGGGAGUCCCAUGCAAUCCUAACUCACUCCACUUCCCAGGAGUCAAAAGUUAUACAGCGAUGGCAGAGUUGAAACCGUGUAAGGUGUGUAAUUUCACGCGGCAGAAGUCAUAUGGACUGGUGGUACCUUCCCUGGAUCAACUCAAAAUUAAAGGAAGUGAGACACUUGGCUUCGGUCCUAGUGAAUCAGUUUCCGUUGUCCUAGAAGACGAUGGCACCAUCGUUGCUGAUGAAGCCUAUUUUUUGUGUUUGCCCUCUAACACCAAAUUCAUGCUACUGAAUGAAAAAGAGGUGUGGGCUCCUGCUAACAGAGUUGAUGGUGGCACCGCUUGGCUGAGCAGAGAGUCUGUAGACUUGGGUGACGUUGAAGUGGACUCUGGGAUGGAAGCCUGGAAAAGUUUGGCCCUCCAGCUGAAGCAGGACCUGGCCAGCAUUAUACUCAUGUCUGAGACAGAUCUACAGAGUCUGGUGGAUGCACCUUGCCCAGACCUGGCCACAGCGUUGGGGUUCUCUGAGCAGAAAACCCGAUCUCUGCAGGACACGCUGCUGAUGGUACUGGACCGCAGGGAAGAGGAGAGGCAGUCCAGGGAACUGUUACAGCUCUAUUUAAAGACCGUGGAGAAGGAAGGCAGUGAAGACGCUCAACAAGAUGAUGACAGCGUGAUGAUGGAUGAGACUGAUGGGAUUGAAGUGGACGGAGUAUCGGAGUUCAGCUCACGGACUCUGAUGGUUCUGAAAGGCAAGACAAGUCCUGAAACCAGAAUCUCCAAUGAGGAACUGCAGAUGGUGGUGAAGCACGGUACAGAAGCCAUGAUGCAGGUGUUGGGCUGGGACUUGGAGAGGACGUCUGUACUGGUACAGGCCUGCGAGGAGGAGCUGCGCAGACGGCUGGAGCAGGUGCAGGCUCUGCAGUCUCUCAGUACCCAUUCUCAGAAGAGUGGUCCUGUGCAGACAGACAAGAACAACCAGCCAGAAACCAAACGCAGCAAAUAA